UUGUGCGGUAGUGAAAAAAUUUCUCAUGGAUUUUUUUGCAAAAUUUUGAAUUUUUCUAUGAAAACCAGCACACUUUUCAGCGUGGAGUGGAAAAACUUAAAUUUAAAUAAUAUGGCAGUGCACUGGUGUUAAUAAAUUGCGUGAAAAGGGACAAUUUUAGUGAAAAUUUGCACAAAGAAUUUUGUGAAGUGCAGUCAUCUGUGCGUGUGUGUCCAGUUUGAGAAUCAUUUGGUGCAAACAAAAGGACUCAGCUACUACUUCUGGCUCGAAAGUGACAAACAAGGGAAAACAGUGAGCAAUAAAAGGUUAACGCCAAGUGCAUUUGCCAUUUCAAUCGACAGCAAAGUGUCAAACAGAGAGCGUGUAAAAGAGCAGGUCAAGUGCCAACUGCCAACUGUUAGAAUUGUCCAUUAAAAACUAAAGGUAAAGACGAAGUAGAAGAAAAGGAACAAAAAUAGUUCGACAAAACUACAAAGCACAGUGUUGUUGGUAAAAACAAAGAAACUGAAAGUUCAAAACUUGUCCGAUGCACUUUAACGGCAAUUCACUGCAACAAAUCAUUGUUGUACUCGUAACUGUGUGAAAAAUCUAUGUUUGCCUAUUUGCACAAACUGUAUAUUAAAAGCAAUGGAAAUUGCUAAAAAAAUAAAGAAAAGUGGGCGACGAGUGGGCGAAAAGCAGUAAGACAAAUAAACAAAAGUGACAAAGUGAAGUUGCACAGUUGCAACGAAAGUAUAAAACAACAAGAAAAAAAUCACACUAAAUAAUACAAGAAACAAGCCUCAACUCAAAUGUAAAGAACUUAAGCAUCGACAUACACCGCCAUUUUUGAAAAGGCAAAGAAGAAUAGUUCAAAAAUAAAAUAAAUCAAAUAAAGUGUCCGUAAAACAAACAGCAAAGCAAAGUAUUAACAAAAGCAAAGUGUUGCAACAUUUGUGUGACACUGCCAGUGGCGGCCACAACAACAACAAGCACAGCAACUGUUCAGCGUGUGCACUGCAAUGGCAGCAGGUGAGCCAGCGAAAGCAGUAGCAGCAGCCGCUAAAGUCGGCCAACUGGAGCAACAGCAUCGCCUGCAGGCGAAACCACAACAACAUCAGCGGCACCAACCACAAUGGCUGCUAGUUGCUGCCAUCAUAUUGACACUGUUUACCGUGUCCAUUCAGGGCAUUACCGAGGAGCUGUCACCAGAUCAUGUACGUGAAUUCAACUGUGGCAAAUUAUACUAUCGCACUUUCCACAUGGUCGAAGACAGGGACUCGCUCUUCGUGGGUGCCAUGGAUCGCGUAUUUCGUUUGAACCUGAAAAAUAUUUCAUCCUCACAAUGCGAUCGCGAUGUUAUUAACUUGGAGCCCACACGCGAUGAUGUUGUCAGCUGCGUCUCCAAAGGCAAGAGCCAGAUUUUCGAUUGCAAAAAUCACAUUCGUGUCAUACAAUCAGUGCAAAAUGGCGACCGGCUUUACGUUUGUGGCACAAAUGCGCACAAUCCCAAGGAUUAUGUCAUCUAUUCCAACCUUACUCACUUACCGCGCUCGGAGUAUGUUAUUGGUGUCGGCUUGGGUAUUGCCAAAUGUCCCUACGAUCCGUUGGAUAACUCAACCGCCAUUUAUGUGGAAGAAGGGAAUCCUGGUGGCUUGCCUGGAUUGUACUCGGGCACUAAUGCGGAAUUUACAAAAGCGGAUACAGUGAUCUUCCGUACGGAUUUGUAUAAUACCACAGCAAAGCGAUUGGAAUAUAAAUUUAAGCGUACACUUAAAUAUGAUUCCAAAUGGUUGGACAAACCAAACUUCGUCGGCUCCUUCGACAUUGGCGAGUAUGUUUAUUUCUUUUUUCGUGAAACUGCCGUCGAGUAUAUCAAUUGUGGCAAGGCGGUGUAUUCUCGCAUAGCGCGCGUUUGCAAAAAGGAUAUCGGCGGUAAAAAUCUGCUCACACACAACUGGGCCACAUAUCUGAAGGCGCGAUUGAACUGCAGCAUCUCCGGCGAAUUUCCUUUCUAUUUCAAUGAAAUCCAAUCAGUCUAUCAGUUGCCAAUGGAUAAGACGCGUUUCUAUGCGACCUUCACGACCAGCACGAAUGGGCUAAUCGGCUCAGCGGUGUGCAGUUUUCACAUCAACGAAGUGCAAGCGGCAUUCAAUGGCAAAUUCAAGGAGCAAUCAUCAUCCAAUUCCGCUUGGCUACCUGUGCUCAAUUCACGUGUGCCCGAACCGCGUCCUGGCACAUGUGUCAAUGAUACCUCAAAUCUGCCCGACAAUGUAUUGAACUUUAUACGCUCGCAUCCGCUUAUGGAUAAAGCUGUAAAUCAUGAACACAACAAUCCAGUCUAUUAUAAACGGGAUUUGGUUUUCACUAAGCUCGUUGUUGACAAAAUUCGCAUUGACAUUCUCAAUCAGGAGUAUACCGUCUACUAUGUGGGCACACAUUUGGGGCGUAUCUAUAAAAUCGUGCAAUACUAUCGCAAUGGUGAAUCACUAUCGAAAUUGCUUGAUAUCUUCGAGAUUGCAACGAACGAAGCGAUACAGGUGAUGGGCAUCAGUCAGGCACGUAAAUCGCUCUACGUUGCCACAGAUUAUCGCAUCAAACAAAUCGAUUUGGCGAUGUGCAAUCGACGUUAUGACAAUUGCUUCCGUUGUGUGCGUGAUCCCUACUGCGGCUGGGACAAGGAGGCGAACACAUGUCGCCCAUACGAAUUGGAUCUGUUGCAGGAUGUUGCCAACGAAACGAGCGAUAUUUGCGAUUCCAGCGUGUUGAAGAAGAAAAUCGUCGUCACCUAUGGGCAGAGCGUGCAUCUGGGUUGCUUCGUCAAAAUACCAGAGGUGCUGAAGAACGAGCAAGUGACUUGGUACCAUCAUUCAAAGGAUAAGGGACGCUACGAAAUCAGGUACAGCCCCACCAAAUACAUCGAGACCACGGAACGCGGCUUGGUUGUUGUCUCUGUGAAUGAGGCGGAUGGUGGCCGCUACGAUUGCCAUUUGGGUGGUUCUUUGCUGUGCAGCUACAACAUAACCGUCGAUGCACACAGAUGCACUCCUCCAAAUAAAAGCAACGACUAUCAGAAAAUCUAUUCCGAUUGGUGUCACGAAUUCGAGAAAUACAAAACUGCCAUGAAAUCGUGGGAAAAGAAACAGGCGCAAUGCUCAUCGCGUCAGAACUACAGCAACCAGCACCCCAACGAAGUCUUUCGUAAAAACAAUGUCUGAUAUCAAGAAACCGAAGUACAACUAACGUCCAUUAAGCUACGUCUAUAAGUUGGAGCGUUUGUUGGCAGCCAGCUAAUUAAGCAGCAAGGUACAGUUAGGGGUACACUGAGGAUUAUAGAUUGCAGGAAACUAUGUAGCAGCAAGUUAGGGUGGUGUUGUGACGUAAGUAUUUGUAUAUGUUCACGGAAAGUGGGUAGAAAAAAGCAUUGGUUUUUGAAUGAAAAAGAGAUGAGGCAGUUUGAGAACAUCGAGAGCAUUGGACGCAUACUCGUACUCGUACCGGAGCAGCAUUUAAUUAAAAAAAAAAAUAACUUAUUUAAGUAAUCAAAACAAAAUAAUAAAUAAACAAUUGACGAAAGUAAACAAUUUAUACACUCAAGCAAUCGCAUUAUACCUUAAUAAAAUAAGCAACUAAAAAUAAAUUAAAAAAUAAAAAUAAACAAAUACGAAAGUUUAUAAAGAAAGCUACAUGGAGAAAAUGUAUAUGAAACCAAUGAAAGUUACCGCAUUAAUAAAAUACAAACAAAGUUGCAGAAACCCAUCAAAAUUAAAAGAUCACACAAAACGACGCAUUCAUUAAAAAUCGCUAAGUAAAAAUAGAAACCAAAAUGCUUAAAUAUAAAUGUAGGUAUACAGAUUUUGCAGCAGCAAACACUCAUAUACAUACGUUCAUAAUUAUACAUAUAUGUAUGUGUGUAGCCAUAUGCAAGCAAUACAACCACUACGACGAAAUGCAUUUGAAACAAAAGCACAAAGGGAUCAAAAAGAGCAUUUAACUCAGCUUAAUUUUUACAUAAAAAAAUAACCAUUGAAAACAUAUGUAUACUGGAUAAAGACAACAACAACAAU